CCCCAAAACCCUCACCACUCUACCACAGUCCACAGUCCACAGUCCACAGUCUACUGACUCAGAAUUCAGGGAGCGCACUAGCCAGUAGCCACCCACCACCAUGGGCAUGGCUUCCCCUAAGCUUCUCCUCCUGCUCGCCACCUUCCUCCCGAGCUGCGGCCUCCUCCUGGCGGACUUCGCCCCGAUGACCCUGACCGUCGUGAACAACUGCCCGUACCCGGUCUGGCCGGGCAUCCAGGGGAGCGCCGGCAGCGAGGUCCUGGAGGGGGGCGGCUUCUACCUCCCGUCGCUCUCCCACCGCUCCUUCCCGGCGCCCGCCCACGCCUGGUCCGGCCGCAUCUGGGCGCGCACCGGCUGCACGCCCGCCGGCGGGGAGCAGCUCCGCUGCGCCACGGGCGACUGCGGCGGCCGGCUCCAGUGCGGGGGCCUCGGCGGCGCGGCGCCCGCCACCCUCGCGCAAGUCUCCCUCCACCACGGCAAUGACCAGUCGUCCUACGGCGUGAGCGUGGUGGACGGCUUCAACGUGGGCCUGUCCGUGACCCCGCACGAGGGCCGCGGCAACUGCCCCGUCCUCGCCUGCCGCAAGGACCUGACCCAGACCUGCCCCGGCGAACUGCAGGUGCGCCAGGGCGGCGGCGCCGUCGUCGCGUGCAGGAGCGGCUGCCUGGCCUUGGGCUCCGACGAGCUGUGCUGCCGCAACGCCUACAACAGCCCGGCCGCCUGCCGCCCCUCCAAGUACUCGGACUUCUUCAAGAGCGCGUGCCCGCAGGCCUUCACCUACGCGCACGACAGCCCCUCGCUCACCCACGAGUGCUCCGCGCCGCGCGAGCUCAAGGUCAUCUUCUGCCACUAGAGUGACUCCACCGGCGCUCGAGCCGGUGGACGUGCGCCGCCGCCGCCCGUCAGUGGUUAUCUCCGGGAUCGAUGUAGCGUAGUGUGUGUCAUCUACUUCCACUCAUCUGUCAUGUGGAAGUGUUCGAGUAGGCUCCGGAGACUGCCGGCCCGGAGUACUUGGUGAUGUAGUAGUUCGGCCCUGUUUCGAUCCAUGUCGUUGGCUGCUCUGAUUCCACUCUGAAAUAACAUACAUGUUUAGAUGGGCA